GUGGUUGGUGCAGGUAAUGCUUGAUGAACAGGUUAUUACCUGCUAUACAUCUCAUUAGAGACCCGAGAGUAGAACAAACAGCCAUCUGACCACAGACCAGAGCGGAAGUAUGAAGUUUAACACAGCGCUGAGUGUUGCUGCAACCAUACUUCUAAACAUAGCAGGUUCUCUUUGCCAGUUAGAUGUAUGUGGUCAAGCCCCCCUCAACAAUAAGAUUGUUGGAGGGGAGGAUGCAACGGCAGGUGCUUGGCCAUGGCAAGUCAGCAUUCAAAGCGCCACAUUUGGAGGCCAUUUCUGUGGUGGGAGUCUAAUCAAUAAAGACUGGGUUUUGUCUGCAGCUCACUGCUUCCAGAGCCCAAUGAGUACCAUUAGUAUCUACCUGGGACGUCAGAGCCAGUCGGGCUCAAACCUUAAUGAAGCUUUCAGGAGAGCGAGUAGAGUCAUCAACCAUCCUGACUAUUCUGAUCCUACCCAUGACAACGACUUAGCACUGAUCCAGCUCUCCUCAUCGGUGACUUUCUCUAAUUAUAUUAGGCCAGUCUGUCUGGCGGCUGAUGGUAGUAAAUUUGCUGCAGGUUCUGACAGCUGGGUCACUGGAUGGGGAGCGCUACAGUCUGGAGGUGCGGCUCCUGACAUACUGCAGGAGGUGAUGAUACCAAUUGUGAGCAACAGUGACUGUAGUAAUGCUUAUGGUUCUCUUGCAAUCACAAGCAAUAUGAUUUGCGCUGGAUUGUUAAAUCAGGGAGGAAAAGAUUCAUGUCAGGGAGACUCUGGAGGUCCACUGGUCAAUAGGAACAACUCCCUGUGGAUUCAGUCCGGCAUUGUGAGUUUUGGUAUUGGUUGUGCAGACCCCAAAUAUCCCGGUGUGUAUACCAGAGUCUCUCAGUACCAGAACUGGAUCACCUCUACCAUAGGCAGCAACCCACCUGGAUUUGUCGAAUUCAACAACAAUGCAUUCAUACACUCACCCAACCUCCUUUUAUUUUCAGUUUCUCUCACACUCUCCAUCAUUCCUUUCAUAAGCUCCCUAUAUCUCUCUUCUUAGAGAUCAUUUGAAUUAGGGUUCUUUUCUAAGAGAAUAAUUGUGCUUUACAAGUUUUCAUAAAUAUAUUAAGAAGGUGCAUAGUUAUAUUGCCGUGUAUUCUUUCUUUUUAAAAAUAUUAUUCUUGGAAAGCUACACUUUCUCUUAUUUAUUGCACAUAAAUGAAGUUUAGCAAGUUUUUGCUCUCAGAAUGUUUGCAUAAUGAGUUUGAUAUUUAGCUUAAAUACGAGACAUAAAUGAUUGUGAUUAUAAUGCAUUGGUAAUUAUUGUUGUUCCUUUUUUUUUUGAGAGAGAGACUGUUGAAUUUUUCUUGACUGGUUGUAUUUCUUUGCAAAUGCACUGCAGACACUUUUGUAUAAAAGUUUUAUAUUAUUUACAAUAACACUAAUAAUCUCUGGGUCUGAACAGUAAUGAAAUGCAUCUGUGCUCUGCAUUGUGUUUAGAGAUACUGGU